AUGCGGCGGAACGUGGAGGUGAAGGCGCGGGUGAGGGCGCUGGCGGAAGCGCGCGGGGCGGCCGAGCGGCUGCUGCGGGGGGGCCCAGGUGAGCUGUGCCCAGGUGAGCUGUGCCCAGGUGAGCUGUGCCCAGGUGAGGGGCACGCCCAGGGCACAGCCCAAGGGCAGCUGCUCGUCCAGGCCGACACGUUCUUCCGCGUCCCGCGGGGGCGGCUCAAGCUGCGGCGGACACAGGUAAAGGGCGAGGAUGGCCGGGGGGAGCUGAUCUUCUACGAGCGCCCCGACACCGCCGGCCCCAAGCUCUCCAGCUUCACCAUCACCCCCACAGCUGACCCCGAUGGGCUGGAGGCAGUGCUGGCACAGGCGCUGGGCGUGCUGGGCGUGGUGAGGAAGGAGCGGCUCCUCUACCUGGUGGGGCAGACCCGGCUGCACCUGGACCGCGUGGAGGGGCUGGGCGACUUCCUGGAGCUGGAGGUGGUGCUGAGGCAGGAGCAGAGCGUGCAGGACGGGGAGCACGUGGCCCGGGAGCUGCUGCGGGCCCUGGGGGUCGGGGAGGACGACCUGAUCUCGGGGGCUUACCUGGACCUGCUCCUGGCCAAGGGGCAGCCGGGCACGGGGGCAGAGCCCCCCCACUGCCUCCCCCCGGCUGGGCAGGGACAGCAGAGCUGAGAGCAGCGGGGACACAGCUCUACCACAGACACCCUGGGCCCGCCCCACAGACACCCUGUGCCCGCCCCAGACAACCUGUACCUGCCCCAGAUACCCUGUACCCACCCCAGACAUCCUGGACCCCCUUAUGGGCACCUUUUACCCACCCCACAGACACCCUGUACCCACCCCAGACAUCCUGUACCCCCCCUAUGAGCACCUUGUACCCACCCUCCAGACAUCCUGUACCCACCCUGAACAUCCUGUGCCCACCCAUGGACACCCUCUAACCCCCCAUGGGAACCCUGUACCCCUCCCCAUGAGCACCCCCUGCCCCAUACCCCCCUAGACAUCCUGUACCCCUACAGACACCCCGUGCCCACCCCAUGGACACCCUGUACCCCCCCUGUGCCACCCCCUCCCUUAGCUGCUCAAUA